AUGAUGGCACAGCAACCUCCAAAUAGCUCGGUACCACUAUCACAAAUCGAAAAGAGCGUGACGCACUUGCUCGUCGCGACCAAACAGCUACUCGAGACCCUAACGCAAUGGUCCCGGGGCCAGGCCACCGAUGGCCAGGUAUCUGAUGUGUACGUCCGCCUCGGUUACGAAUUCAAUAUGGCUUGUCGCGCCUUUUCUGCCAUCAAUGUCGACACAUCAGAUCUCGGAAACGUCCCCGAACUGCUCAGGCAUAUCCUCGAGGCCACUUUGAGCCAAGAGGCGAGCACCGAGAGCCUGGAAAACUACCUACCGAGGAUACGUGACAUCAUAAUAAAUCUUCUCCAUGGCCUCAAGCGGAAACAGCAGAAGCUGCGGCAGAAAACCGCUCGAGAUCGGGAAAGUGGGAGCACAGGCAGCGUCGGGUCCCUACCAGAGAGGUCAACGAGCACCAACACCAUGUCAAGCAUGGGGAGUGGUCUAACGUCGAUGCUCGACGACGGCCUUUCUAACGACUAUCGCGACUCGCAGUCCUCUCCAGCUAAGAACCGCUUACCUCCGCAGAGGGAUGAUACGCGUGGCUCCACAAACUCGGCCAUGUCGAACAACGCGAUGCAAGGUGGCGGCCUCGCAGCACCUCCCUACCCGGAGAAUGGCGGGAUCCCCUCGAACACGUCUGCGCCCGGGGACUUUAGCAUCGACAACUUUCCCCGCCGCCUCCUCCUCCGCCAUCCCCUCCACCGAAACCGUCUUCGGGCCAGCGAGCUCUCGCAGCGCUCCAAAAGGUGGGGAGCUGGAGAGGAGGGCAUCGAGGCGUUACUCUCAGUUCCAACUUGCUCGACAUCUCGGGGCUCCUGCGGUGCCUCUCCUACCCACCGGCGCGCUUCCGAUCCCGAACCACGUCAGCCCCCAGCGGAACUGCCAGCCUCCGUGCUAGACCAGCCAACCUCCCCAGAGGAUGUUAGGCCAAGCGCAACCCUCCAGGGACCAAUGGUAGACCCCGUCCCCAUCAUGAUGGAGGACUCUCCGCUGGAGACUAAGCCUAAUGCUAUCCGGGGCGGCGGAACGCAAGAGAGCACUCCCAGGCCGCGGACUCCUCCUGCGGCAACGCAGCCCGACAGCUUCUUCCAAGACACCCCGCCCGUUUCACCCACCAAGGAGCUCACCUUAUUCCUGCAGUACAAAACCAAGGUAAAGAAGUACGUGCUCCCCGAGGGCAUGAGCGAGCUUUCCAUUGGUCGACUACAGCUUGCGUUUAUCGAAAAGUUUUCGUGGAACACGCAGCAAAAUGGAGUCGACCUCCCGGAUAUCUACAUUCAGGAUCCUGUUUCGGGCGUUCGCCACGAGCUUGAGGACUUGUCGGACAUUAGGGACAGGACGGUGCUCGUACUCAACGUAGAACCGCUCGAUGAGGUGAAGAGGCACAUUGACGACGGCCUUGGCGUGAUCAAGCAAUUGAUGCAGGAGGUGAAGCAAAACGUGGACGACCAAAAGGCGGCAAUUACGCGAGUGUCAGACCGCCAGCAGGAAACGGCGCAAGAAGUGGCUCGCCUAGCGUCGGCGCCACCUGUGGCGAUGUCACCGCCGGCGGAUGGAUCGCGGCCGCGCAACUUGGGCCGAAAGCUGGACGGAUCUCACCUGACGGAUCUGCAGAGCCUACGGCGGGACCUGGCGGUGAUACGGCAAACGUAUUCCAACUUCCAGGCGGAGGUGCAGGGGGCUAUGUCGACGAUCCGGACCAAGGCUGCCAACGUCAAGGUGGCGGUGGUGAGCGCCCAACUACCAGCAGCGGAGGGGGCGGAGGGAUUCUCGUACGUGCAAAGCGGGCGAAAGGAACUCAACUCCAACUCGGACCGCAUCGUGGCCAAGGUGGAUGACCUACAGGAUCUGGUGGAGGAUCUUCGCAAGGACGUUGUGCAUAGGGGCGUGCGGCCGCUACCGAGGCAGCUGGAGGCGGUCAACAAGGACAUCGUGAUGCUGUCCAAGGAGUUGAAGCAGAUGGAGGAGUACAUGAACCGGGAGAAGCCGAUCUGGACCAAGAUCUGGGAGAAGGAGCUGGAGGACGUGUGCCAGGGUCGCGAUGAGCUGCGUCUUAUGGAGGACCUCAUGGUGGACCUCCGCGACGACCUGGAGAAGGCGUCGGAGACAUUUUCGUUGGUGGAGCAGGCGACCAAGGAGCAGAUGAAGGAUAACGGCACGAGCGCGAGCGCAGGCACCGCACGCAACUUCUCCAACAGGCUGGAUAUGGUGGGCGGGGCGGACCCGUCGCAGGCCAAGGAGGGAGUGCUCGGAGAGGUGCGGGCGCUGAUGCCCAACCACGAGAACCGGCUAGAGGCGAUUGAGCGGGCAGAGAAGUUGAGGCAAAAGGAGCUCGAGGGCCGCAAGGGCGGAGCGCUGCAGAAGGAGCUGAACAAGUUCGUGGGCGAGGGCAAGCUCAAGAAGUCGGGCGGGUUCGAGGAGGUGGAGAGGGCGCGCAAGGCCAAGGACGACAGGAUCCGGAGGGAGGUUUGGGAAAGGCAAAACGGCAUUAUACCGGACGACCCGGUCGGAGAGGAUGCGCUCGCAGCGGGCGGGGAUGGGAAUGGCACCGUGAACGGGGUUUGA